UUUACGGUCCUUGAUUCCACCUUGAUCGUGCCGUUUUGUUCAAACGUCAAAUUCCAAAAAUCAAAAUACACACCGGUCAACCGUCAGCUGUGGCAAUCAGUGCAAGGAAACAGCACGACCAGCCGGCAUCCAUUGUGCAAAUCGUAGCAGCUGUGAUAAACAAGCAGAGCGAUCAUUUUGGCAGCUCCAGUAGUUGCUGGCGUGUUUGUUGAUUGAAAACAAAAAAAAAGUGUAAUCCAUUUGUCGACGGUUCACUCACUAAAAGCCCGCGGAAAGGUAAGAAGACAGCAGCACAUUGCACAUAUAUUUAAGCCCCUGAAUUGUUUUUCUCCCUGUUGGGCUGCACGCGUGGUGGACCGACCAACCGGUCGCUGGAGGCCUCGAGCCUGUGACGGUGCAGCACUGCUGUUUCCUGGUGAGAUGAACACCGAACCAGAACCAAUGGAUACGGACGAGGUACCGGAGUACGAGAGCAGCUCAUCCAGGGACGCAAACCGGGAGCCGCGAGUCCGAUCAUCCUGCAGCAUACGGAAGUUAAACGUGCAGCCGAAAAAAGACGACAGACGGCACGCUAAGAACAACUCGCCUGCCGAACGUUCAGGCUCGAUGGUUUGGAAAAUUCUUAAAACGCUACUGCUUCUUGCUGGCAUAGGCACGUUGGGCGUCUAUCUAGGAGCCUCUAACCAUUUCUACCAAGAGCUUAAGCACCAAUACCACAUGGCGCACGAGCAGUUGGCACAGGAAAUGAGCGCCCUCUGCUCGAAGCGGCCCGCCAACUUCACACCGAUCCUGCAGGCGGUGGAAGACGCGGUGAUUGGCCAGCCGCAUCUUGCCGCCGAGCUCGGCCACUGGUUUCAGACAGUGGGCAAAACGCCCCUCACCUGUGCACUGUUCGUGGGAGGCACUGGGGUGGGCAAAAGCCUGACGGCCAGCCUGCUCGCGAAGCACUAUCCGUACCCGGCGAACGUCCUGCACGUAACCGGCAGCGAGUACAGCGACGAGCGGAAGCGUUACGCCGCAUUCAAGGCGACGCUGUUCCGGAUACAGCGUGCCGCGCUUACGCACGGCAACUGUGCCCACUACCUGCUGGUGAUGGACCACGUCAGCCUGGACGGGGCGCGGCUCGUGACGAGGAUAUGCGAACGGUUGCGUGCAAUUAGCAAGCAGUACCAUCUGCAACUACAGAUGGUGUUUGUGUUCCAGGCGGAGGCACCGCGCAAGCUGCGGCAAGCGACCCUGCUGGCGGAGUCCAUUCCCGAGGCGCGGCUGUUCGAGUUUAGGCCGAUCGGGAGCAGCGAGCUGGAGGAAUGCAUUCGCCGGGAAGCGGACAAGCUGGGCAUGGAGCUAGACACCGUCACCGGCGGAUACGUCGUCCAGCAGGUGGCAAAGCAAAUCAACGCUACUCGCCAUGGCUGCAAGCCGGUGCGGGCCAAGUUGAGCUUGUACUCGCUGGAGCCGAACACACUACAACCCUAAAACCGCGAAGGCACCACGCCUCGCGCCCACUACCUGAGCUGUGUUAAAAUACAUUCCCAACUACAAACUAUUAGCGCGUAAGUACACACGAACCGUACCUUCUCAAGUGCUGCCAGUACGGUGUCGGGCAUGUGGUCCUGUAUCAUCACCGGAGAGAUGAGCACCUCGUCGAAAUCCUUAUUGUCGGCCCAAAUCGCUUGGUACACCGGGUCACGCUUUUUCAACAUUUGCCUAGCACGGAAUAAGUAUAAGCAGUGGAUUAGCAAGCAUUGCGGUGCCUGCCAGAGGCAACAGUCGCAGCGUGCACUUACUCUUCCUGGGCUGGAUGGUGUCGAACGAUAUGUAUGAUGCGACCCGGCGGAUAAAGCGGAUGGUGCAGCGUGAGUGCAAUCGAGUUGUCGUUCGGGUGUACCGUGCUCUGGCGGGCACUGUUGCGGUCCUGCUUGUAGCGCUGCACGUUCGAGUCCUUCGUCGACAUCAUCAUCACGGAGGUCGGUUCCGGUCCGCAGCAGCAGCAAAUCACCGAGCAGGCAAUCGUUUUCCACUUCGGGUCGAUGCUGCGCUGGAUCGCAUUGAUCAGGUCCGCCCGUAGCGCCUCCAUCUGGUAGAGCCCGAUGCGCGGUACCACAUCCUUGCCCACCACCACGGAGGUGAUGAACGACUUGCUGUACUCUAUCGCAGGCAUGCUAAACAGGCAGGAGUAGGCCAAAUUUCAAUUCGAACUGAUUAGCAUCUCGCUCCAACGGCGUCUAAAGGCCGGGUUGCAAUGAUCGUACUCGCUAGUGUAAUUUUUGUGUACGCGUAUGCCACCUAACAGCGGCGGGUGUAAGCUAGAGGCUGGUAUAAUUUAUCUGUCAAAAAGUAACGACAAUCGAACACUCGACGGCCUGAUUUGUAUCAAUUUAUCGACGUUGAUCAACAUUUUAAACGGAAAACAGAUAGCCUUGUCAUAAAUUGAUGCGACGCCAAGUAUGAAUAAUGUUAACACAUAAAUUAUACCGACCACUAGCUUGUGCUGGUUGCCGCCAGAUGCGCUAGUGAGAAUAAAAAAUUCACUAGCGAGUACGUACAAUGUACCCCGGCCUUAACGGCGACCUACCUUAACAGUCCCCCUGGCGGCGAGUAGCUGUAGCAAUGCAAUACCUCGUACUCCUGCUUCAUCAGUAUCGCCAGUAUGGCCGCCGUACCGGCACCGAGCGAAUGGCCCACCAAUAUCAGGCCGAAACCUUGCGUUCCCCGGGCCGGAUUGUGUUUGAGAGCUCGUUGGAUGAGAUUCUCCUCCUCCAGCUUCUGCUUGAUGUAGAUCGCGGCCUGCACCAUACCCUUGUGCCCGAGCCAAUCCUCCCGCGGCGGGUUCAGCGGCAGUGGCUCACCCUCGGCAUUCAGAUCGGUGAGCACGUCCUUCAUGCUGAGCGUACCGCGGAUGCUGAUGACGAUCUUGUUGUAGUUGUAAUCGAUCGCAACGAAGAACGGCGUCUCGGCGAUAUCGACGUGAUAUGUAGCGUAGAUCACCUCAACCUGUUGGGAAGACGGCGAAGCAGGUAGAUACGGUAGAUUAAGAAUUACUUCUGCACAGGGGAGACCGACGGAUCUCUAAGCCGGUGCCACAGUACCUCACCCAGCUCCAGCAUCUUUUUCAACGCCGCGUAGUUGCAGAAGCAGCAGUUAUCGUCCACCACGUCGACCUGCAUUCGCCUGCAAAAGCAGUACCGUAGCUCGGACGCCAAUUGACAUACGCCGGUGCUCGAGUGGCUCAUCAGAUACAUGGGCCAACCGUACGCACCUUGCGCAAAGUACAUAUACCGAAUAACCGCCUGCCAAAACGGGGAGAGAGUUCCGAUUAAGAAAUCGAGCUAGUAAAUCGAUACUGAUAGGACACGGCGCUAACAUCGCUUACCUGGAAAUGAUCGUAAUCUACCGGGUCGUUGAGGGCCAGGAACUGGGUACUAGCGGUUAUGGGGACUCCCGAUAGAAAUUUGUGCGUUCCGUUCUUUUGCUGUGAGAAGAUGGGAACGGGUUCGUUAGCAAUGUUUCGUCCCCCUGACUCCCGUGUCUCUCAUCGAACAGCCGAACGCUGUCCCUACCGCCCCCUUACCUGUCGCACGAUAACUUCCCGCUCCAGCUUUUGAAACUUGCGCAGCAGCACCAGGCCGGCCACCACGUCCGAGGGUACCACGUCGAGGUCGCGAAAAAAAUCGCUCAACAGGCGGGCAAUGUCGGUGAACGAGUUGCGGCUGCGGUCACUGUUGCCCAUGCAGCAGAACAGCAGCCGGCACCGAUGGUCCCAGCUGUCCUGGUACGCCCGGAUCACCUUGCGCUGGCGCCAGUUGCGGCUCCGGCUGCCGCUCCGCUUGUAGUUGAACCGCGACUCGGACUCGCGCAUCGACCGCUGGUACUUCUUCAUCUUCACCCACGACCGGCCGGCCGGAUCGAAGGUGCACCAGACGGUUGUAAACAUGCUCAGGAUCACGAACAGAUUGCAGGCGAUCGCGGCCAGCACCACCUCCUUCGGUUCCUCGGCCGGGCAGGUCGCGUAGUUAUCGCGCAGCCAGAUGAUGCCAGCGGUCAGCAGCCCGAGAUCGACCAGCAUCAGCAGGACGCGGGCGUACAGCAGGUACUGCAUCGAUGCUCUCGGUUCGGUGUCGAGGAUGCUGCCCCGCAUCGACACUACGCAGAUGGACAGCUCCAGGCACAUGCACACUGGUGGGAAGGAAGUAUGCAGGAUGAGUGACAACAACAAAAACAAAAACGCCCACGAACCGGAAUGGUCUAACGCUUCCCCUACCUGCCAGCAGUAUCAUGUACCCAAUCUGGAAGUACCAUAGCUGUAGUAUGCAAUACUCCGCUCGAUCGAAGUGAAACGUUAGCGUCAUCACCAUCAGCACGACGAGCCUGUGAAAGGGUGUGAUAGUUGCGAUGAUGAGCGGCGCCUAUGCUGGGGGCAGCAGGUGGGCUAGAUGCAGCGGGACACUUACCAUAUGAAAUGGAUGACAAGCAGGAACAGACCGGGAACUACGAGAUCGUCCGAACCGACGGACCAUCGUCGCUGAAACACUACUAUGCCGGGCAUCUACGAAAGCGCAUAAACAAAGAAUGGCAAAAGUCACGAGAGGAGUGUUAACGAAAGCGGGUAAUGCCGUUGAUAUUAGAUAUAAGUUAGUGAAAUUUAAUAAAUUUAUCGUUAGCAGAAAUAAAACGACUCCCCAAAGCGUGCAUUACGGUGAGUUUGUUUCCAAAA